AUGAGCCGCAGUCCAGACAGGAUGUCUUCAUACCGCCGGCAGUUCGAGGGGGCCUUUGCCGCACCACCUGCCUACAAGUUGCGGGUGUCCAGUCCCUCUCCCACCCGCAGGGAGUCCCGCCACAGGUCGGCCAGCUACACCCGGAGUGCCGGGUCAAUGGGGCGCAGGGCCAUCUCCAACAAGUCUGCCAUGAGCAGCAGUGUGAGUAUGGGAACUCUGUGCCUCGGGAUGUCCAUGGGGCUCGGGAAACAACUGGACCUGGAUGCUGCUGCGGUAGAGAACCAGGCCUUCAUGGCGACUCGCACCACCGAGAGGCAGGAGAUGGUUGUCCUCAACGACCGCCUAGCAGCGUAUAUUGAAAAGGUGCGAAACCUGGAGUCAGAUAACAAGCUGCUGGAGGCAGAGAUUGAGUCCCUGAAGAGCCGCCAUGAAAGACCAUCAGGCCUAAGGAAGCUGUACGAGACUCAGCUGAAGGAACUCCUCAGGGAUGCAGAGAGAAUGAGAGUCCAGAGGGAUAUGUCUUUGGAAGCCAAGGAGGCGAUGUUGGGCCAGUUCGACAUAUUGAAGGCCAAAUACUACGAGGCUGUUGAUGCCCGUAAAAAGACGGAGCAGGAUAUUGAGAAUCUCCGUCCGGAUGUGGAUAAAGCAACUACAGCACGGAUUAUGUUGGAGAAACAUCUGGAAAACCUUGAGGUCCAGCGGGCCUUCCUGGAGAGAGUUCAUAAGGAGGAAAUUGAUGAGCUGAUGCAGCUGUUCUGUGUAGAAACCUCCAAGGUGGAAGUGUCCUUCGGCCUCCCCGACCUCUCCUCUGCUCUCAGACAGAUUCAGUCUCAGUAUGAAAGUAUUGCCGCCAAAAACCUAGAGGAAAUGGACUCUUGGUACAGGUCAAAGUUUGAGGACCUGAACGGCGCCUCAUCCAAACACGCCCAUGAGACUCGAAGUCUAAGAGAGGAAAUCGCAGGCUACAAGAAGGAUGUUCUCAACAAGGAACGUGAAUUGAAGACAUUGGCGGCGAAGAAUGAGUAUUUGGAGGCUCAGAUUCGUGAUUCAGCAUUACAAUACAAGAAGGAGGUGGAGGACUUGGAGGAGCGCAUUGAGGCGAUUAAGCUGGAAUUGAGAGUAACUAAAGAGAAGAUUGCUAUGCUGCUGCGGGAAUACCAGGACCUGCUGAACAUGAAGAUGGCUCUGGAGGUUGAGAUUACCACCUACAGGACUCUGAUUGAGGGUGAAGACAGCCGUCUGAGCACCAUGGUCCCAAAGCUGUCUCUAACUGGAUGCCAUCAUCUCACCUGUGGUGUUAGCAUGAAUGCUACUUCAGCUUCAGUCUCUGAUAGCUCUGCUGCCACUUCAAAGCUAGAUGGAAACCCAGAUGGCAUGAGCAGUACUGGGGGUGAGAAAGCUCCUGGUGCCGGCCGGGGGGAGACGGCCUCAUCUGACGCCCUGACAAAAGGGACUGAAGGGGAGCAGGCGACUGAGACCACUGAGAGGAAGACUCUCCUCAUCAGAUCAGUUAAGACAGAUGGGGACACUUAUGAGAGCGACACCCAGGAGCGCACCUUCAUCAUUUCUGGAGCAGCGGACGAGACAGAAGAAUAAAGAAAACUUUAAUUAACACCAAAUCUUACUAACAACCUCUGCUAACUAUAUCCUGUUCGCCAUGUUGUUAUUCAGGCCUUUUCAAUGCUUGAGAGAUCCUAGAAUUCAUGAUUGAACUAAAGAGAAAACAAAUAUCUUACGAAAGCUGCACAGGCCUAUUUGAAGAUUGUGUUUGUCCUACAUGGAGCCUUUACAUGGGAAGGCUCCACUGAGUUCUGUCACUCUGCUCUGCCUGCUCAUAACUGCCUUUUAAUGCUCUUUUUAAUCCUGCUGCGUG